AGCUGAGCCAAUGACUCUGGGCUCUCCAACGUCUCCAAAACCAGGAGCUAGUGCUCAGUUUCUUCCUGGAUUCUUGAUGGGUGAUUUACCUGCGCCAGUGACUCCACAGCCCCGCGCUUUGAGCGGCCCUUCAGUUGGUGUAAUGGAAAUGAGAUCUCCCCUACUUGCAGGAGGAUCUCCCCCACAACCAGUAGUCCCUAUGCAUAAAGAUAAAGGUGGUGCUCCACCAGUUAGAAGCAUAUAUGAUGAAUUAUCUAGUCCUGGACUUGGAUCAACACCUCUAACCUCAAGAAGACCAGCCAGCUUUUCUAUAACACAGAGCCCAUUGGUUGGAACUAUGCCAUCAACUCCUGGAACAGCUUCAAGUAUGUUCAGUCCUGCAAGUAUUGGACAGCCUAGGAAAACUACUCUAUCUCCUGCUCAACUAGAUCCUUUUUAUACUCAGGGUGAUUCCCUGACUUCGGAAGAUCAACUUGAUGACACAUGGGUAACUGUAUUUGGAUUUCCUCAAGCAUCAGCUUCGUAUAUUCUUCUACAGUUCGCUCAAUAUGGAAACAUAUUAAAGCAUGUGAUGUCCAACACGGGAAACUGGAUGCAUAUUCGGUAUCAGUCUAAGCUUCAAGCCCGGAAAGCCUUGAGCAAAGACGGAAGAAUUUUUGGUGAAUCUAUCAUGAUUGGUGUCAAGCCGUGUAUAGAUAAA